GAUUACCUUUUGACGAAGGGUUUUAUCCGGCCCAGCACGUCCCCAUAUGCCGCCCCGAUACUGUUCACACCAAAAAAAGAUGGAGGAUUCCGCAUGUGCAUCGACUACCGCGCGCUCAACCGGAUCACAAUCAAAUCGCGUUACCCGAUCCCGCGAGCUGACGAACUACUUGACCAACUACGCGGAGCCCAGUUCUUCUCGAAAAUCGACUUGCGAGGGGGUGACCAUCAAAUUCGCGUCGCCGCCGAAGAUUGUCACAAAACUGCCUUUCGCACCCGCUACGGCAGCUAUGAGUACCUGGUGAUGCCUUUCGGCCUCACGAACGCGCCCUCGACUUUUCAGAUGACCAUGAACGGCAUUUUUAGGGAACGUUUGAAUAAAUGCAUUAUUAUCUACCUAGACGAUAUACUAAUCUACAGCCGCUGCCGGGAGCACCACUUACAGGAUCUUGAUCCAGUCUUCAUGCUGGUGCACAAGAAUCGCCACAUGACGAAAGGGUCUAAGUGCGACUUUCUUAAGCAAGAGUUGGAGUUUUUGGGCCACGUCGUUUCUACCGAAGGAGUGAAAAUCGACCCCAAGAAAAUCAAGACCAUCCAGGAGUGGAAGCCGCCAACCAACCUAAAGGAGCUGCAGAGUUUUUUGGGUUUCGUCAACUACGUCCGCCGCUUUAUACCCAAUAUGGCUGGGUUAUCUGCCCCGCUAACCGACCGACUGAAGGAUCACGAUUGUUUUUGGUGGGGAGAGAGGCAGCAACCUGCAUUCGACCAACUGAAAAUCGCUCUCACGUUGCCGCCCGUCCUUCGCAUCUCCGAUCCUGACCGUCCAUACGAAGUCGUCACCAACGCCAGCGACAUCGCCAUCGGUGCAGUUCUCCUACAAGAUUUCGGCGACGGGUUACAGCCAGUCGCCUACGAAUCACGGAAGCUGCAGGGCACGGAGAAAAACUAUACAGUACAUAACAAGGAAAUGCUGGCGAUCGUCCAUGCGUUUAAAACCUGGCGGUGCUACCUGACAAGCGCUGACGUCACGGUGCGAACCGACCACAAAUCCUUACAGUACCUGCGAGCCCAGCCGAAUCUCAACCUGCAACAGAUCCGAUGGCUCGAUUUCCUCGAGUCAAAUUUCCAUUACACCAUCACCUACAAACGGGGCGCCAACAAUAUUGCCGAUGCCCUGACUCGACCCACUGCCCAUACCGCCGCCAUACUAGUCGUCCAGACCAGCCCCCUACUUACCGGACUAUUUACCCACGGCUACAAAAUUGACCCUUUCUUCCGCUCUGCUAUCCAUCAACAGCAUACCACUGCCACUGGACACUAUUUUAAUAAGCGCGAUACUUCUCGCAUCUGGGUACCCGGCUACGAUUUACUUCGUACCCUGCUAAUACAGGAAUCCCAUGACAACCCUACCUCCGAGCAUUUCGGAGUCGACAAAACUCUGAAGACGUUGCAGCGCAACUAUUAUUGGCCGAAUAUGGCCGACGACGUGCGCAAGUACGUGUCCUCCUGCACCGCCUGCCAGAUCAUGAAAUCCUCCCGUCAGCGAGCAGCUGGACUCCUACAGCCGUUGGAUCCGCUCGAGCGACCCUGUCACCAUAUCACGAUGGACUACGUGACGGGAUUGCCAGCCGGUCCUAGCGGAAACGACGCCAUCCUCGUGGUUGUCGACCGUCUCACAAAAAUGGCGCACUUCAUCGCCUGCCAACAAAUGAUUACAGUUGAGCAAACUGCCCAACUGUUCAUCGCCAACGUCAUUCGACUGCACGGACUGCCUACCGCAAUUAUUUCCGACCGAGACCCGAAAUUCACAUCGAAUUUCUGACGCCACCUGUGGGACCAGUUCGGCACCA